AUGGUCGACAUCGUCCCUCUCUCCUCGUACCCCUCUUACAUCGAUCUGCUCCCCUCGAUCCAAACGUGCAACAUCACGAACCUGCCGGAGAACUACUUCUUGAAAUACUACCUCUACCAUGCGCUGACCUGGCCGCAAUUGAGCUUUGUGGCCGUCGUACGCCCAAAGAAUGGCUACGCCGCGGGUCCCGGCAAAGAGUACCCCAAGGUGGUCGGGUAUGUGCUCGCAAAGAUGGAGGAGGAGCCAACGGACGGGCUGGCACACGGCCAUAUCACCAGUUUGAGCGUGAUGCGCACGCAUAGACGGCUGGGGAUUGCCGAGCGGUUGAUGCGGAUGAGUCAACGAGCAAUGGCCGAGUCCCACCGCGCAAACUACGCCUCUCUGCAUGUGCGUAUGUCCAACACCGCGGCUCUGCACUUGUACCGUGACACGCUGGGCUUCGAGGUGGAAAAAGUCGAGAGCAAGUACUACGCGGACGGGGAGGAUGCGUACGCGAUGAAGAUGGACCUGCGCAGUAUGUGGAUCGACUGGGCGGAGAUCGAACGCGUGGAUAAGGAGAAGCUGCGGCAGCAGGAGAAGGAGCAGAAAAAGACAGACGGCGACGGCGACGACGACGGCCACCCGGACGAGGGCGACGAGGUCGGCGAGCUCGGCAAGAAGGACGCCGACAAGAUGAUCCGGGUCAAGGUCGGGCGUGCACUGGGCGUCGGGGAUCUUGUGGAGCGGAACGAGGCCCAGGGUACUUCUUAA